AUGGGAUUUAACGUUUCGGGCCUCAGGAGGUUUCUCCACCAAAUGCCUACCGUCUAUUUUCUACUCUUUAUCAUAUCAAUGUCGGUAUCUAUCAUACUGGUCAACUCUGGAGAAAAAGUUUUCAAAAUGUAUACAUCCUGCCAUGGCGACGAGGUGUUCGACAUAACGUGGAUUGGAGUAUUGAUUCUUUUACAGUGUCUCCUAUCACUACCCUCGUUGGAUAGACACGGAAACGAAGAGUACUCAAAAUCCACAACAUCAGUCAUCUUGGAAGAUGAAUCAGAUAUGUCAAACAAGAUAGGAUAUACCGCCGAUAGCAGUAAUAUAACAAUCAGGUAUGCUUCGGAGUUGCAAGAUCAGCCUACCGCCACUGCAUCUAUUAACAGUGGAGCACAGGGCUCUUAUUCUGAGAAGCAUUACAAGACGAGUGUUAGUAAGAUAAAAGAUAAUCGUGUGGGAUCUAUAUCACAAGAGGAUACCUGCGGAUAUAUAGAUGGUGUGUCAGAGUCAGUUUUACGUGGACAGAACAAAAAGGAAGAGCAGGAACAAAAGUCAUCUGGAACCAAGUGUUCAGCGCUAAAUAACUGGUUUAAUGCAAGAUUUGGGAUAUGUUGGAACUCAUUAUGGAUGCUCUUUUACAAUUUGAUUAUAUUCCUUGGAAUACAUUCCUCGCUGCUGGCUUCAAGGAUACAUGGAAACAUUGACUUAAACAAAUAUGCACUGGAAACCUGUUCACACCUAUCAGUGUUUCAGUUCUCAUUAAUGUCCCCUACUCUAAAAUUCCCGCUUAUAAGUGAAUCGGUAUUCAUGAUAACCUAUUUGUCUUUUGCGGUCCAUGAGCUUGUGGUUCGCAAGGCUGAAAACUCAUUUCUAAUCAAAAAUUUCAUAGGAAGGCACUAUUUCAAGGAAUCAAUGUUACUAGGUUCUAUACGUUUAAUUGUACAAGUCGGUAUCUUUUCUGGAAACAUAUUUCUCAUUUGCUUCUGUAUAACAUGUGGCUAUGGCUCUCCAAUGCAUGUCCUAGUUGGCUUUUCUCUCUCUAUGCUGGUCCUAUGGGUAAACUCUCACCUGUCUCAGAUUUUACAACUCACACAUCUGAGAGAUAUGAGGUCUGCAACACUAGAUUUCAACUGGCUUUGGUCCAUCAUGAGUGCUUUUGUGCUAUGGCUCUGUGGCUUUUUAUUUUAUGCGUCCGUAUAUGGGAUCCCUUAUUACUCACUCUAUCUAUAUAUACACCCUGUAGCGUGGAUUCUCUUCUUGUCCCUCACAUUCUACAAGGGAAGCCAAAUCUUUGCCUGGAGGAACAUACCUCAGGGGUGGGUACCCACCUUUAGUUAA